AUGUGGAAGGCCUGCUUUGUAUUGGUUUGUGCACUCUAUGAACGAUAUCUGAUCACUGUCAGCUCAAGAUGCCUCAGAUCCUUUCAAAAUCAUCGUGGUACGGCUUGCGUUCUAUCGCUAAUGUUGGCAUUAUUCACCAAAGGCGGUAUCUUCUUCGAACUCGACAUCUUUCCUGAAGAGAACCAACAGUGUCGGAAUACUGUAAAUGAAUACUAUGUGGAUAUGACGCCGAUAAACUCGAAUCUACUUUAUGGUACUAUUUAUCGAUUUUGGUUACGAAAUAUCGUUACCGUAUUCGUGCCAUUCACUUUGUUGACACUCAUUAACUUUCGAACGUUACUGAAAUUAAAGGCACAGUUGAAUAACACAAGAGAUCAGCAUGGACAACGAUUUUCAGUUCGUCAUAAAAGCAAGGUGAGUGUGACUGAUAGAAAUUAUCCACUUCUUCGACUUGUCUCUUUGGAAUAUUUUAAUGUGCUAUUUCGUUGGUAUGCAAAGAAUGAAUUCAUGAGAAAAGUCAGAAAAGUAAUCGAGCUCUGCCCAUGCAGUGGUGGCUACCGUAUCCGCCGUUGA